GAAAGCCUUGUGCGUCUUCUAAUAAAAAUUUUUCAGUUGGAAUGUCUACUGGAUGUUAAAAUCAUAUGUUGUCCAAAUUUUGUAAAUUUUGUAGAGGAGGUGGGGCAUAAUCGACAAUUCACGCCAUAUGCACAGGAAAAUGUAAUUUCAUCAAGUAUGGAAUUGCUCCCAUUGCAACCUCCAGAAUCAAAUAAUUUAUCUCGGACAUAUAAUUUCUCAUCUAGGUUGAGGACUUUAAAUCUAUCUAGUAGUGGUAUUGUUAGCCUUCCUCCAUGCAUCGAAGGAUUUGUUGAAUUGUUAGAACUUGAUUUGAGAGACUGCCAGCAACUUGAAGAAAUUCUAUGCCUUCCACCAAAUAUAGAAGAGGUAGAUAUCAGAGGAUGUUCCAGCCUAAAGAAUUUUUUACCAGAAUCAAAUAAUUUAUCUCGGACAUAUAAUUUCUCAUCUAGGUUGAGGACUUUAAAUCUAUCUGGUAGUGGUAUUGUUAGCCUUCCUCCAUGCAUCGAAGGAUUUGUUGGAUUGUUAGAACUUGAUUUGAGAGACUGCAAGCAACUUGAAGAAAUUCUAUGCCUUUCACCAAAUAUAGAAGAGGUAGAUAUCAGAGGAUGUUCCAGCCUAAAGAAUUUUUUACCAGAAUCAAAUAAUUUAUCUCGGACAUAUAAUUUCUCAUCUAGGUUGAGGACUUUAAAUCUAUCUGGUAGUGGUUUUGUUAGCCUUCCUCCAUGCAUCGAAGGAUUUGUUGGAUUGUUAGAACUUGAUUUGAGAGAAUGCAAGCAACUUGAAGAAAUUCUAUGCCUUCCACCAAAUAUAGAAGAGGUAGAUAUCAGAGGAUGUUCCAACCUAAAGAAUUUUUUACCAGAAUCAAAUAAUUUAUCUCGGACAUAUAAUUUCUCAUCUAGGUUGAGGACUUUAAAUCUAUCUGGUAGUGGUAUUGUUAGCCUUCCUCCAUGCAUCGAAGGAUUUGUUGGAUUGUUAGAACUUGAUUUGAGAGACUGCAAGCAACUUGAAGAAAUUCUACGCCUUCCACCAAAUAUAAAAGAGAUAGAUGUGAGAGGAUGUUCCAGCCUAAAGAAUUUCUUACCAGAAUCAAAUAAUUUAUCUCGGACAUAUAAUUUCUCAUCCAAUUUGAGGAUUUUAAAUCUAUAUGGUAGUGGUAUUGUUAGCCUUCCUCCAUGCAUCGAAGGAUUUGUUGGAUUGUUUGAACUUAAUUUGGGAUUCUGCAAGCAACUUGAAGAAAUUCUACACCUUCCACCAAAUAUAAAAGAGGUAGAUGCUACAGGAUGUGUGUUAUUGGAACGCUUUCCUCAUGUAUCGACAGAAUCUUCAUUUGGUACCCCCGACUUAAAACGGCUUAGAAGGAUUAACUUAUCGAAAUGCAAUAAAGUGGAAGUGAAUGUAGGGAAUCAUGCGCCAGAUCGAUUAUUGGUACAGGAACGCUUUCAGGAGAAAGAUUCAAGUACGAUUAUAUAUUCGGGAAGUAGGAUUCCAGAGUGGUUCAAGUAUUGCAAGGAGACUACUUCAUAUAGUGAUUCUAUUGGAAUAGAAAUUGAUCAUAAUGCGUCCAUGUGUUGUGGGCGUCAGAUCAUGGCAUUAGUUUUGUGUCUUGUUUUGGGACCUCUUCUAGCACAGGAUUUUUAUAGUUUUACUGUCUCAAGAAAUGGCCGGCAGAUUGGAAAUGAAGUUAUUUGGUCUGGGGAUUCAAUGGACCCACAUGAUCGUGUAUGGCUACAAUACAUAGUUGUAAAUUCUAUUGAUCAUGAGAUUCUGCCAAGAAGUUAUACGGGGGGGAACAAUAACAUGAGGUUUGCAUUUGAAAGUGAUACAAGGAAAGCAAUCUUAAAAAGUGGCGGAGUCCAUCUAAUAUACGGUUUCAUUGAUAUUAUUCAAAUUUUAAAGAGAUACCGAGAGCAUGACUUGGAACCCGAUUGGAACCCACAACAGAAGCGGCAAUCUUCAACCACGAGAAUUAUGGAAUUCGAGGAUGCUAAUGAUGAUUGAAUUAUUGAAGAUUUGGAUUUAGAACUUCGACUUGGGAAUUGAAGUUCAGAAAGGAAUCGAAGUUGCGGAAGGAAUGAAAGUUUGGGGAAAGAACUGUAACGGUAACAGACUUGCAGCGCCAAUAUUUACAUUUUGAGAAAUUUUUAUUCUUCUUUAGUUUCGUUUUAAAUACUGCUUUGAUGUUUAUUUACAUUCAUAUUUUAGAAUUUAAUUUCAUGAACAUUUUUAUGGGAAAUUAGUACUCUUUCAAAUGUAUUUUUUAGUUUAAGUGAACAUAGAAGGAACCUAUCUCGAAUUGUUUUGCAAUAGCUCAAAACUUGCAUUCAUAGGAUGCUUGUGGAAUUUGCAGCAAUCUCAUCGGCCAAUUUACUGGAAUUUCAGUACAUAUAUAUACACCAGGAAUAUUGAAACAUGUUCAAAGGCCUCCAAGACUAUGUUUUUAGACCAAGACCAGAUAUUUAAAGGGAGAUUUAAGUGCCUUGAAAACUAUGUUUUACAGACCUAAUGACCAUAAGAAAGCUUUCUAUGAGACUAUCACGUCUUCCCAUAUUGGAAAGGAUGCUGGAUGAGUUGUUAUACUAGGUAGUAGAAGGUCACCAUUAAAAGGCUGAAGUUAAUGACCAAAUUUAUGUGUGGAGGGAA